AUGAAAUAUUAUAGAGAAGGUCAAUUGCUUCGAUAUAUUGGUACAUGGAUUCCAUUGGCAGUUCUUGUACUAAUAGUGCUUUACUUUUAUGUAGUGUAUAUGGAGGUAUGUGGUGCAUAUUCAUGUUCAAGACUUAUUUGAUGCCACUCAUAAAAUCAGAGUAUGUUACUAGACCAUUAGUUGAAAUAAAUACAUACUUGAUUCAAUUAGUACACAUCAAUGACUAUGUUUUCAGCAAUAAAAUUAUAGGAAUUACUAUAACAUUACAUAUCAUUCUAAUAUUAUUCACAAUUACAUUAGUCAGAGUUGUAACUACAAUUCCAGGUCAUGUACCUGUUGAAUGGUUAAAUAAAAUAGAGAAUGAAAUUCGUUAGAUGAUAGAAAAUGAAGAAAAUAUGAUAAACCAUAAUAAGAAAGGAUCAUAAACAUCAACUUCAUUUUCAUCAGAAAUAGAUGAUGAAUAGCGUCUACAUUUGAAUGUUAAAGUGAAAAAUGAAAUAAUUGAUAAAUAAGGUAGAAGACAUUGUAAAAAUUGCAGUGCUUUUAAACCAAAACGUUGUCAUCAUUGUAGAUAAUGCAAGACAUGUUGGUUGAAAAUGGAUCAUCAUUGUUAAUGGUUGAAUAAUUGUAUAGGUUAUGGCAAUUACAAAUUAUUCAUUAAUUUACUUGGUUAUGCAUGUAUCAUAAUUAAUCUCCAAAAUUAGGGUUUUUGAUUAGUUUUAUAAUGAUUACUUAUAGUCGUUGCUAUUAUGACACAAUGAACUCAUAUUCAAGUGAUGCCAAAUUAUUCCUAGUUUCCUUUACAUUUCUAUAUUGUUGUUUCCUCUGGAUUCUAUUAACGGCUUUCACUCUCUUUCAUCUGUGGUAUUCUUAUCAAUAAUACUGAGAUUGAUAGGGCAAUUAAAUCCAACAUCACAACCCUUGAAUACUGUGAGAAUAAGCCAAGAGAACCCCUUUAAAAAGGAGUUUGGAACAAUAUAUUUGAUGUUUUUGGUAAAAACCCUUUAAUUUGGUUCUUACCAAUUCAACCAGAUACCAAACCUAUUUUAGAUUGA